CCUCUGUCACCGCCAAAUUGGGAGCCUGUCUCCAUGACAACGUAGAACAGGAGGGGUUUGCCAGUUGGAGUCAAUCAGUUGGCAUCAUCGCUCGAAACCUCCACACUGCAUCACGCCCUGAGUGGAAUGGAAGAAAAGGACAAGAAAGAAAAUGGGGAGUAUACUGGAGAGAUAAAGGGUGGACUACGGCCUUCAAUGAAGCUGGUGGUCAUUGGAAUUAUUAACAAAGAACCAAAGAACAUCGAGGUGAUCCUGUCCAGUGAGCCCGAGGAGGAGGACACAGACGCCGAUGUGGGAUUCCAGCUGAAGGUGAGCUUCAUGGAUAAGGCCGUCCAACGCAACGCUCGCCUGGCUGGAGAGUGGGGAAGACCUGAAACUACCCUCUCCUACUUUCCAUUUGCACCGGGGGAGUCCUUCAAGAUAGAGAUAGUUUGUGAGCACCAGCAGUUUCGCGUCCUGGUGGACGGACAGCCGCUGUGCGGAUUCACCCACCGGCUCUCCCAGCUCGCCUCCCUCACUGCCUUACGCGUCUUUGGAGACCUCCAGCUCACCAAGGUGGCCUAACGCCAGCGCUUCUUUGAAUGAAUUAACCCAGGAGGGGGGAUGCGGGGGGGGGAGGAACAAAGGGACGCUUGUCUCGUAAUCACGUGUCGAGUGCCUUCACUAGAUUACCUGUUUGGGGACUUGAAGUUAGACUGAAUGUACCGGUUGUCAGUGUCUUAAAUCAAGCGAGCAAUGUGAAGUGAACUGUUGCAAUCGUGGUCCAAGC